AUGUCUCCCAACCUCUUUCUUUGCGCACGCACCCUCUUCUGUCCCAUCUACUGGUUCCAGAAGGGUGACCGUGAAAGCAACCUCCACGAACAACACUGGCAAUCGCCCGUCCCGGGAACUUACAAGUUCUUCCCGAGUCGUGGAUGGCACCUCGUCCGCCGUGAUGAUUGUGACCACGACGAGAAAGUUCCUGCUGCGCUAGUCUACUGCCGCAUCCUCCACCGCUACAUGUUCGAAUCUGAAUUGGAAGCUCGCUGCCGCUGGUACGAUGCUCCGAUGCACAAAGGUGGCCGUCCGGAAAAGCUGCGCUUCUUCCUCCUUGAUGACGGCAUUCACUGGGUCGCUGGCUGGGAUGCCCAGGGCAGCUUCAUCCUUGGCCCGUAUCCUAAGUGGUGGCUAGAUGAGGAUGGCACCAUGCGCCGUGGUGCUUCGCCUCCUACUAGCGCCAAUGUCUCGCGGUGCAGCAGUAUCAUCGCUGGCAAGUUUGACUGA